UGGCACUAAUAUUGUAGUACACCCAUUAUUAUAAAGCCUCACUUCUAUUGAAGUUCAAUUAUAUUCAGUGUUUGCUUAUAGUUAAUUACCGGUGAAUUCGUCAUGAUAUUCCUAGAUGGCUUACCUAAGAACAAGAAAUUGUCUCCAAACCUCAAAUAUUGUUCUUUACCUAUGUCAACCAAAUCUUUAGACUUUUUUUAAACAUAAAAACUACUUGUUCUAUGCUCUCUAAUCAUUGCUUUCUGAUAGCAAUAUUUGUCAAGUUUAUCCGUUUUAUAUAAAAUUGUAUUGAAUUUAUAAAAUUAAAUCAUCUAGUUUCACCAUUUUUAUGUUCUGUUUAUUUAUAAUCAUAUCCCAUGAAAAACAAUAUGCGAACACAAAAUAUAUAUAGUGUAAGCUGUAAUAAUAACACUAUUUAUUAUUUUGUACAUUAACAGUGUAUUCAUCGGGUAUGUUUAUUUCUUUGAGCUGAGCAGUGCCAACUACACUAAGAUGUUCUCAGGAACAGUACUGCGGGAACAGUCCGUCAACCAACUGGAUAUGUAUGUGACAGUUGUCAAGGAAGAGGAUUUUGAUUUGCCAUCAAACAUUGCUGUGGACAGUGUUAAAAAUGGUAAAGCACAUACUGAUCAGCGACAGGCAGUUCUACAAUCUGAUGAGUUACAGUAUGAGACAGAAAACAAUAAACAGAUAGUAUCGAUUCAACAGAAAGACAAUCAGAAGGAUUCAGUAAAUGUCGGGAUUGUGAAGAGAGAGUAUGAUGAUAUUACAGAUGUUAAUGAUACAUUACAUGAUGAACAAAAUGAUUCACAUGAGAGAUUGUACGAACAUCACAUAAUCAAAGAGGAGUUGACUAUUGGCCCAACAGUUAUCCAACAAGGGAGGGUGUUUGAUACUGCAUACCGAUUGGUACAUUCUGAGAAUCAUGAGACACAGUCUUCUCAGACAGAUGCUCUUCUCCAAUCCAUGCGCCAGGUAAGGAUACUGAUAUCGGAUAAAAUAUACAUAUGUGAUAUAUGCAAAAAAGGAUUUGAAUCAUAUAAAAAAAUAUUAUCUCAUAUGUCAGUUCAUAUUAAAAGAAAAACAUGUUCGUAUAAAGUUUGUAAGAAAGAACGUCAAAUGAAAUCACAUGUUAAAGCGAACAUGCGUGCGUGUAAAAAGUUUUAUAUUUGUCAUGUGUGUAAAAAAAGUUUUAUGACACAAACAUCUUUUAAAACACAUAUGCGUAUGCAUCCUGGUGAAGAAGCAUACAGUUGUAAUGUGUGCCAAGAAGGUUUUACUUCACAAACAAAUUUGAACAAACAUAAAACUAUUCAUGCCAGAGCAAAGCGGUAUACAUGUAAUAAGUGUAAAAUGUUUUUCCACCGUAAAUUGUCUUUGAAAAAACAUAUGCGUUUACACACUGUGGAAAAUGAAUAUAUUUGUGAUAUAUGUAAACAAUCUUUUAAAUCUAAAGCAGUAUUGAUAACGCAUAUUCGUAGUCAUCCUGUUGAUAACGCAUACAGUUGUGAUUUGUGUAAAAAAAAAUUUGCAUCGCGAUCAGCGUUGAAGAAUCAUAUACUGCGUCAUAUUGGUGUAAAGUCGUACAAGUGUAAUGAGUGUGGCAAAAGUUAUUUUACGGAAUCAUCAUUAAAAUCGCAUACACUAAUUCAUACUGGCGAAAAGAUUAAUUGCAAUAUAUGUAAAAAAAGUUUUAACUGUAAAUCGAAUAUGUUAAGUCACAUGCGUACGCAUACUGGUAAAAAUAUUCACAAUUGUAACGUGUGUAAAAAAUCUUUUACAAUGAAAUCAUCUGUUGUAACACAUAUGCGUUUUCACACUGGUGAAAAACCGUACAAUUGUGAUGUAUGUAAAAAAUGUUUCUAUACAGAAUCACAUUUGAAUAAUCACAAAUGUAUUCAUGGUGAUGAUAAGCCGUAUAAAUGCGAUAUGUGUAAUAAAUAUUUUAAUACAAUAUCAAUUUUAAAAAAACACAUGAUUACACACUCUAAUAAGAAACGAUAUGAAUGUAACGUGUGUCAAAAGACAUACUGUCGAAAAUUUAAUUUAACAAGACACAUGCAAAACACACACUCUGUUAGAAGACAGUUGAAAUGUGAUUUGUGUAAAAUAAUGUUUCCUACAGCAUCAGCAUUGAAAAGCCACAUGUCUAGUCAUACAAAUACAAAGCCAUUUAGCUGCAAAGUGUGUAAAAAAACUUAUUGUUACGAAUCAAUUUUUUUAACACACAAAUGCAUUCCUUUUGGUGAAAAAUUGUUUAGUUGUGAAGUGUGUAAAAAAAGUUUUCGUAUACAGGCUGAUCUAAAAAAACAUAUGCUCGUUCAUAGUGAUACAAAGCCAUAUAGUUGUGAUGUGUGUAAGAAAUGUUUUCGCCUGAAACCAGAUAUGAAUGUACACAUGCGCAUUCAUACUGGUGAAAGGCCAUAUUGCUGUGAUGUGUGUAAAAAAAGUUUUACUACUAAAUCUGAUCUGAAAGUACACAUACAUGCCCAUACUGGUGAAAGGCCAUACAGUUGUGAAAUUUGUAAAAAAUCUUUCUCUUAUAAAGCAUAUUUGAAGAAACACAUUCGUUUUCAUACUGGUGAUAAACGACACAAGUGUGAUGUUUGUGAAAAGAGUUUUUUUGUGGGCUCAGAUUUGAGAGUACACAAGCUACUUCACACUGGUGAAUUGCCAUACAGUUGUGAUAUGUGCAACAAACGUUUUAGGUCGGGUAAAAAAUUGAAAGCGCACAUUUUAAUCCAUACCCAUGAGAAAUCGUGUAGCUGUCUUGUGUGUGGACGGGCUUUCAGGACAAUGUCAUUGUUGAAAUAUCACAUGCGUGAACAUAGUGAUAAUAAGCCGUUUAAAUGUGAUGUAUGCAAUGAAUCUUUCGUUAAAAGGUCCAUUUUGAUGAAACACAUGUACAAAAUUCAUAAUUACGAAAAACCGUACAAUUGCGAUGUGUGUAACAAAAAAUUUUCCACGGUAGGUGAGUUGAAUGGGCACACGAUUUUUCACAGUGGUGUAAAAAGGUACGAGUGCGAAGUGUGCAAGAAGCGUUGGUCCACGUCGUCGGAUUUACAAAAACACAUCCGUGUUCAUACUGGCGAGAAGCCGUACUGUUGUAGUGUGUGUCGGAAACGUUUCACUACGUGCUCGGCUUUGCGUAAACACGCGCGUAUACACACUGGUGAAAACCCUUAUAGUUGUGAGAUUUGUAAAAAAACAUUUUCCGUUGAGGUUGUGUUAAAAAAUCACAUUGCUACUCACACUGGCGUACGCCCGUACAAUUGUGACACAUGCAAAAAAACUUACAUUACAAAAUCACAAUUAGACGUUCACAUGCGCGUUCAUACAGGUCAUAAUUUGUAUGCUUGCGAUGUAUGUGAAAAAAGUUUCAAGUCGAAAAGUUACUUGAAUGCACACACACGCAACCAUACUGGUGAGAAACCGUUUAUUUGUGAUAUAUGUAAAAAGACAUUCUCCAGCAAACAAUUUAUAGUACGACACAUACGAACACACACUGGUGAGAAGCCGCACUGUUGUAAAAUUUGUAAUAAAAGUUUCGGUAGAAGAUCAAGUAUGAAACGACACAUUAUACACAUUCAUAUUGGUGGAAAACCGUCUUAAUAUCAGAUAUUGGUACAUACUUAAAAAAGAAAAGAAUACAUAUUAAAAAAAAAAAAAAAAAACAAAGCGAAAGCACUUUAAAGAGGUAACAUAAAGUAACAUAAGUUGCCAGUACUUCUCACGCUAGGCAACCGUAGUGAGGCUUUCGUGAUAUUUUAAGGAGGCUGCUGCCCAUGCCUCGGUCAUUAAUUCCUCUUAGUCGUCUCUUACGACACCCACGGGAAAGGAAGAGGUGAACUAUUCCAUUCCGGGACCACUCUGCAAAUUUUUAAGUAUUUUAUACCUAUUUUUUAAGUAUUGUAUAUUUAUAUAUUAAAUGUUUUGUUAAUUUAAUUUUUAUUAAUAAAAAUCAAUUGUCCAAUGUAUGUAAUUGUAACACUUCAGAACGCCUGCAUGUUUGAUUAAACCUUUUUUUUUAUAAUUGUCAGAACAAGAUUUAUAUAAAAAAAAAAUGUUCGAAGUCGUAUGGAAAUGUGAAAAAUUUUGGUUAAUAAAUCUCCAUUUAAAAAUU